AUGGCCCAUUACGGCCCUCACAGUGCACUCAAGGUUAAUGGAGUAAAUUUAUCAGAGAUACAAGAGGGUGAAGUCACAGUAACUAAUAUGCACUCUUCAAAUGGUCCUGAUUUCAUUUUGCACAUGACAUUUACACAAAAAACAACAGCUUCUUCUAAAGCCCAUGCACGGUUGAGGUGUGUGUAUUUUCCAAUCAUACAGGGAAAAGAAUCUAUAGAUUCUAUCUUGGAGAAGUUAAGAAUUGAUGGCUUUGAAAUAAAAGAAAAUUUCGACAACUUCUCUCGUGUAUCAAUUGGGAGGCUUGGACGUUUACUUCCUGAUGCUAGAUGGGUACACUAUUGA